AUAAAUUGUAUUAACAAUUCCCAAAGCAUCGCUCGAUCCUGUUUUUGGUCGCGAAUAAUAAUUUGAAUACCAGGGUAGACAUAGUGGCAUGGAGUUAAGAAGAGAUAUAUCAGCUCCAUGAUCCUUACAACUGAUCAUAUACCACACAUUUCGGAAACUAAUCUAAACUGCUCAGUUUGUCACAAAAGCUGUUCUGGAUGCAUUUAUAUCAGUAAAGGAUCCGAGUCAUUCAGGAAGUCGGCCAUUAAACUUACAUUUAGACACAUAAAAAAUGUCGAACAGGUCAUCCGAAUCAAGGUUUCUUUUACAACUUAAGUGGAUUGAACAAGGCUGCUCCAAAAUCAAACAUUUCGUCUGUACAACGUUUUUAACAGAAACAAAGGAACUUUUAAGAACGGGAUGGGUUCUCAGUGUGUUCAUGUUACUUGAAUACUCAUUAUUAACAACUAGUGUCGUAUUUUGCGGACGACUUGGACAGCGGGAGAUGGCUGCGGCAGCACUAACCCAGUCGAUAAUAUCGAUACUUUGCUUCAUGCCUGGGUAUGGUAUGGUCACUGUUUGUAACACUUACUUUGCUGCGGGAUUUGGAUCUACAGAUGGCCAAAAGCAAGAAACCAUUCUUCAAAAAUCGUUGAUACUUUCCGGUCUUGUGUCACUACUUUGCUGGGCAUUACUGAUCAAUACGGAGAGUAUACUAAGACUAUUACAACAAGAAGAAUCUAUUGUACUGAUGGUAGGUGUACUUGUGCGUGCCUAUUUACCAGCCGUACCCGCGGUAUUUGCAUCCUUUGUUUUGAGCCGUUUUUUACAAUGUCGAAACCACGAGAUGAUAACCAUGGUUGCUAUGGUAGUUGCAGCAGUUGUCAACAUUCUUCUCAACUAUUUGUUCGUUAUAGUGAUGAAAGGGGGAGCAAGUUGGUCUUUUGGCGCUGUAGUUAUUGCACAGUACAUUGACUUAUUCAUUUUAAGUGCAUACGUAUACAAGUAUGAAGAUUUCAAAGGAUGGACUACAGAAUCGUUGGACGAUUGGUACGAGUUUUCAGUUAUUGGCAUUAAUGGCUGCUUAAUGAUUGAGCUGGGAAUUAUAAUAUUUGAGGCUGGAUAUCUGUUUUGUGGUACUAUAGAUGAUCUGGCUAUGGAUGUUUUUGGAGCUGUAUAUAUCAUACUUUUCUAUACCUUCAUGAUUUGUUCUGGACUCUCAGCAGCCUUAGCCAUUCGAAUUGGCCAAAGUUUAGGUAAAAAUGAUCCCGAUACGGCUAAAGUGUCUAUGCAAGUGGCAUUUGUAUCGUGCUGGAUAUAUGCCGUUAUUGUGUCUUGUCUACUUUUUGGAUUCCGAAACUAUAUUGGAUACUUGUUCACAGAUGAUAGGGCAAUUGUUGACGGUAUUGCUGAUAUUGCUUCUGUGAUAAUCAUCUAUGAGAUAAGUGACAUGACGGGGGUAUGUACAAUCAAUCAGUGUAUUUGUUAAAUUUUACAAGAGCGUUAUACUUAUUCUGGGUGCAUUUCAAU